CAUCUUGGAAGCCCAUCCCCGACUCAAGACCCCCGGCACACACCUCGGGAGCCACACGGACACCGCAGCAGCAGCAUCCUUUAACGACCGUUAUCAGAACUUGGGAGCGUUGCAUCCGUGGAGGUCUCUAACUUGCGGAGGCUGAUUCGUGCGCAGCCGCAUCAUUUGAUAUUUUUUUGAGGGGGGGAAAGUUGAUUUUUUUUUUUUUUACGAUGGCAAACUCCGGUAUCCAGCUGCUGGGAUUCUUCCUGUCUCUCAUUGGCGUGGUGGGGCUGAUCAUCGGGACCGUUCUGCCGCAGUGGAAGAUGUCCGCGUACAUCGGGGACAACAUCAUCACGGCUGUGGCCAUGUACCAGGGACUGUGGAUGUCCUGCGCCUUCCAGAGCACCGGGCAGCUCCAGUGCAAGAUCUACGACUCCAUCCUGCAGCUGGACAGUUCGCUUCAGGCCACUCGUGCCCUGAUGAUAGUUGGCAUCAUCGUGUCAAUCGCAGGGUUGGGCGUGGCCUGCAUGGGAAUGAAGUGCACCACCUGUGGAGGGGCCAACAAACUGCGCAAGUCCCGCAUCGCCAUGACAGGGGGCAUCAUCCUCCUCGUGGGCGGUCUUUGUGCCAUCGUAGCGUGCUCCUGGUUUGCUCAUAAUGUGAUCCGGGCUUUCUACAACCCGUACACUCCUGUCAACACCAAGUUCGAGUUCGGCGCAGCCAUCUUCAUCGCGUGGGGGGGCUCCCUCCUGGACGUCCUCGGUGGGGCCAUGAUGGCCGCCUCCUGUCCGAGAAAGAAGCAGGUCUCCAAAUAUCCGUCCAUGGCCAGCUCCCGCUCCGGUGCGCAGAGCGGCACGAAGGAAUACGUCUGAGAGCGCCCCCUGUCCUCUUCUCUGCGGUGGGACUCAGACAAAGAUGCCCCCCCCCGCCCCCACCAACACACACACCUUGAUGCAGCAUCGCCGAGGAGUCAAACUGAAGUUGUGAAUCACAGAUGCAAAGCGUUACAGAAAUGGGACACAUUUAUUUUCCUUUCCUUUCAGGCGACCCCCCCCCCCCCCCCCCCCCUUCCCAUCACACAGCAGUCCCACUUAUUCCAAUGAACAAUGUCUCACACCCCGUGCACACAUUCCACAAUUGUUUACAAGGGGGCCUCGCAAACACAUUAUAAUUGGAUCCCCUGACUUAAUAGACAACCCUCAGGGUGGAAACUCCUGUAGCCUAAAGCGUGGAUUGCAGCCAACCCUUGCACGUCCGUGUCACACCCAGCGUGCAUUAGCGGUUGCCAUGUAAUUGAAAGUAAUCAAUUCCAGUUUGGUGUUUGGGCUGUGAAUCAAGGCGGGGGGGGGGGGGUCU